AUCUUUUAUGAAAUUUAUUUCAAUGAUUGAUAUUAAUUUCAAAAGCCUUGCUGGUUCAUAUAGUGUAUGAUUGGCAAAAAUAGUUCAUUUGGGCUAGCUGUGUAAGUUUAAUUUCGUCAUUAUCCUACAUCAAGUAUAGUCUGUCCGUGAGUCGUGGCAGUCGCGCCGCGCGUUCUACACGUGUUGUGAAGUGGUGUGAAGUGAGAAAGGUUCGAAACAUCGGUUCAUCUGCUGUUUUAGUUAUUUCAAUAAAAUAAAUGUCUUUCGUGCCAGUUCUUCCUGAUUGUCAUUUCCCAAUUCAAAAUCUUCCAUAUGGAAUAUUUUCAACAAAAAUAGAUGCAAAAUGUCGUAUUGGGGUUGCAAUUGGAGAAUUUGUCCUGGAUUUGCAAGCCAUCAAACAUCUAUUUAAUGGACCAAUCAUGAAGCUUAAGCAACAUGUAUUUGAAGAGGAAACAUUGAACAAAUUCAUGAGCCUUGGACAUGAAGCAUGGCUUGAAACUCGUCAAACUAUUCAAUCAAUUUUAUCAAAAGAGCAAAGUGUUUUACGCGAUAAUGCUGAUCUUCAGAAAAAAUGUCUCAUACCACAGAAAGAAGUAACCAUGCAUCUUCCUGCUGCUAUUGGUGAUUAUACUGAUUUCUAUUCAUCACGAGAGCAUGCAACAAAUGUAGGAACAAUGUUUAGAGGCAAAGAAAAUGCACUUCUUCCAAAUUGGCUUCAUUUGCCAGUUGGUUAUCAUGGUCGUGCUUCUUCAGUUGUUGUGUCUGGGACUCCAGUUAGGAGGCCAGUUGGUCAGACUAGAAUGGUGGAUGACAAACCACCAACUUUUGGACCUUGCAAACUGUUGGAUUUUGAGUUGGAAAUGGCUUUCUUUGUUGGUCCUGGUAAUGCCCAAGGAGAACCCAUACCUGUUGCCAAGGCACAUGAACACAUUUUUGGAAUGGUUAUUAUGAAUGAUUGGAGUGCUAGGGAUAUUCAAAAAUGGGAGUACGUUCCUCUUGGGCCAUUUUUGGCAAAAAAUUUCUGUACAACGAUAUCACCUUGGAUUGUUACGAUGGAGGCUUUAAGACCUUUUCUCGUUUCAAAUCCUGUCCAGGAUCCGCAACCAUUACCAUAUCUGAGACAUUCUGAUCCAUACUCGCUCAACGUAAAUGUGGAGGUCGCCAUCAAAGGUGAAGAAAUGAAGAAAGAAGUGGUAAUUUCCAAGUCAAAUAUGAAAUACUUAUAUUGGACUGCUAAACAACAACUUGCUCAUCAUACUGUUACUGGUUGCAAUGCUCGGCCUGGAGAUCUCAUGGCGUCUGGUACAAUCAGUGGACCUACACCUGAUUCUUAUGGUUCAAUGUUGGAGUUAUCGUGGCGGGGCUCAAAACCUAUCCAACUUGAACCUGGGAUCGAACGGAAGUUUCUUAAAGAUGGUGAUGAGGUAAUAAUGAAAGCGCAUGCACAAGGAGAUGGCUACGUCAUUGGUUUUGGAGAUUGUGUCGGAAAGGUAUUGCCUUCUAUAAACUUCCCGUAAGGUACGGUGAAUUAUCAAUACGUGAACUGUUUCCACAACAAAUGCCCGGCAAAAAUCAUUAAACAGGUUCUGUUUUAAAAUAAAUGGUAAUUACUAAGGCA